UAUGUCCAUCGUAGAUUAAUUGUGACAACUAAAUAAAUUAUAAGUAUUCGAACGAUGAAAGAGUUAAAUUAUUUGAUUCAAUUUCAUUGAUAUAAAUUAUAUCUGUAAAAAUUUAGGAAACGGCAAAUAAUAUGUAUUAGGGCCAAUUAUAAGUAUCUGAAUGUACUGUGGUGCUCCUGUGAUUUAGGAAUCCAAUUUUUGAUAUUUUUUUCUCCAUUUUGAUUUUGAAGAUACCCGUCCCUUUGCUCUACUAGUUAUUUCUAUCUCUUUUCGUUCUUGUUUCCUCUUAAUAGAUAAGAUAGCAAAAUACCCUUAAAAAUAUUUUCAGGAAAAUCUUACCGUUUUUUAAGGUUUUAUCACAUUCACCUUGCUCAUUUCUUAUAACAAAAAUUUCUAUCCGCUGUUAGUUGUUUUAUUAUUUAUAUUUUUUGAGACAAUGCCUCUUUUGUGUCAGAAACCACUAGACUAACUUGACUAUUUAAAAAAGAAAAAGAAAACUUGACUAAUGAGAGGAAAUGUCGUGCUUUUUAUUAUAUUCAUACCUUUGUAUUCUUUCUAUAUGAUUUUCAGCACGAAGCUAAUUUUUUCAACUAUGUUUCUCUUUUACUUAAAUUAUUGAUGUUCAUGUCAUUUUAUCAUUAUAUAUUUGUCCAUCUUGAUGCCUCAUAGGCUUAUGACUGAUCAAUGGCAAGGAAUUAACCCUAGCAAUUAACCAAGAGAUGUUGGGCAAAGGAAAUAGCUUUUUAUUCUUGGUAUAAUUUGAAAUAGUUUGUUCCUAUGAUUCGAUUUCACACUCUUUUGUUGAUCCAGUAACUUCUUAACAUUAGCAAAAAGAGCACAUCAUACGGGUCUUUGGAAAAAUGAAAAAAAGUUCAAUCUGUUUUGAAUAGACAAAAAUGUUGAAAGAUGAUAAUUAGUGUAGGAAAAAAAUAUCAAAUGAUUGUAAGAUGGAAAGAUUUUGAUUUAACUUUGGAAAAUGAAAAACUUGCGGGACUAAUUUCCAAUUGUCCUGACUAUUUAAAAUAUAAUUCUAUCUAUUUUGUUAUAUCUAUUUCUUUAACUCAUUUUGGUGAAAUAUCUGUGAAUUGUGUGUAAAAUUUUGACGAAAGUUUGAGGUUUGAAAUUCCCUUUUCAUGUAGUAGACUUUCUAAUGUAAUAUACCAUAUAGAUUGACGUGCGAGCAAAAAUUAUGAAAGAUGGCGUGGGGUGAUGAUGACAACAAUUUAGUGACUUUCCCUACGAACAAACUUAAGAGAAAUUAUAAUAGUUGCGGGUUUUUCACUAUUCAAUAUUUAAAGUAGAGAUAACGACAAACGAGUUGAACCGUAAAAGUGAAUCAAACCAACCAAAAAAAAAAAAUCCUAAGCGAUUAAACUUUUGGGAGUUAUUAAAAUCAAUCAAAGUCAUAUGAAAAUUUACAAGUAAACAUUUGUACUUUGCAAAAUGGUGUCGCAUAUUUCAUCAUAAAAAAAAGUCAAAGUGCAUGCGCUACAAAAUUUGAAAAAAAAUAAAAAGAUAAAACAUUGAGGUGCAUUUGCCUUAGUUGUUUUAAAGCAAUUUACUAUUUUUUCUUUAUUUUCACAAAUUUCGAAAGAUCGUAAAAAAAAAAAUUAAAUGUGAGUUCAUGUGUCCAUAUUUAUACGCGGGAAGGAUAAAAAGAUAACAAAAUCGGUGCAAAUCCAAUUUUUUUUUUUUAAAAAGCAAAAACAAAAAGUUAAAAGUUGAAUGCCUUCCCCCAUAUCCAGACGUCCUCAGAUGAACCAAUUGAAAAAACUUGCAGAGCCCCUGGUUCCCGUUCGGUGACUGGAUGAGGGCAGCUUCAAGCGGAGGCUCUUCUAACGAACUCCUUUCUGAAGUAAGAUGGCUUAGCUGGGAGUUCGGGGAAGACGAUCCGCCUCUUCCGACGACCGGUUUGCAUCUACCGAACUUAUCGGUGCUGGAAUUAUCAGGGAGCAAGAUCACAGAGGAUUGGGAAGGAUGGAGGAGUACAUUCAUGACGGCAAAGCGGCUACUAGUUCUCGACCUUAUAGAGUGCAAAGGUUUAAGAUGUAAUCCUGAUCUGUCGGCUUUCACGCAGUUGAAGGUUCUCAGCUUGCACAGUUGUGAGGGACUGGAGCAUCUCCACCCUUCUAUUGGCAAACUCAAGAGCCUCGUUUCCUUGGAGUUGAUAGCAUGUUUAAGUCUCAAGGAGCUACCAGAGGAAGUGGGCGAAUUAAAAGAUUUAGAAGUACUUGUAUUAGGUGUUUCUGGUUUUACAGAGAUCCCUAUGUUUAUUGGUUCUCUGAGAAAGCUAAAGAAACUGAGUGCCUACUUUUCUGAUUAUUGUAAGUCACUGAGAAAAAUCCCUCGCUCAAUUGGGGAUUUACAGAAUUUGCAACACCUAGACUUGAGUUAUUGUGAGUCACUGAGAGAAAUCCCUAGCUCAAUUGGGGAUUUACAGAAUUUGCAACACCUGAAAUUGAGUGGGUCUGAGAUUGAAAGGCUUCCCAGUGCUAUUGGGGAUCUUUCUUCUCUCCAGGGCCUUUACCUAUAUGGCUGUGACAAGCUCCGGUCGCUACCACAGCUUUCUAGCCUAAUCCACAUAAAAGAAUUCCAUCUUCGGAAAUGCCAUCUACUUGAAGACGUCCCCGAGCUUCCCUCAAGACUCUUGAAACUUUGCAUUGAAGAGUGUGGUAAGCUGAUAUUGCUUAAGCUCGACGGAUUGAAGAACUUGCAAGAGUUUUCAAUAAAAAAGUGCAGUUCAAUCAAAAGACUGGACCUUUCACAGUUAAGUGGUCUGAAACAAUUAUGCGCUGCGAAUUGCAAUAAGCUAGUUGAAAUUCAAGGUCUUGACAGUGCGAAGUUCUUAGAAAAGCUGGAUUUUAGAGGAUGCAAAUCAAUGGAGAUGUUGCCAAAUUUGACGGGAUGUGAGAAGUUACGAUCUCUAAAUGUUCGACAUUGCAAGAAACUUACUCAGCUUCGGGGACUUGAAAAGUUGGAUUUAAUUGAUUUGGAUAUCUCUAGUUGUGACUCAUUGGAACCAAUACCAAAAUUAUUUGGAAAACACGUCUUUACGAAGUUUCAGGAACAGGCAAUGCGUGCCAACAGUGAGACAACUCAUGUUUUUUUAACAGAGAGCUGUUUGAUGUGGUUGCAUUCUAAUGAUAUCACUCCUGAACUCGAUGAGGCUCUGCAGAGAGAGAUUCAAGCUGCAUUUCAUGGAACUCGGAGAAAGUCCCCAAACACCACGGGAUGGAGAUACGGGCAGGAAUGAGCUGUGUCAUUAUGGAAAGGCAUUUCGAAGUUCUUUACUAUUGGCUUUUAUCAUGUGCUCCGUGUUGUUAAUACUCUUCAAAUAGUUCGUGAUAUAAAGCGACCUCUUCUCA